AUGGACCAACACGGACAGAAUGGCCCUUCCGGCCCUGGUGGUCGUCGCCUCCACAUUGCACACAGACGUAGUCCUUCUGAGCUCACUCCCCUAAUGAUGGAGCAACUCGCUCUUGCUCAGCAGAUUGAACUUCUCCAACAGCAACAGCAGCAGAUCGCCGCGACUCACCAACAGUACGUCAACCUGGGCAUGAUCCAACCCCAGCAACAACUACCCAACCAAGCAUUCGCCCAGAUGCAGGGCCAGAUGCCCAACCACAACUUCCAGUUCCCCCAACAACAGCAACAACAGCAGCAGCAGCAUCUGCAGUUGCCCGGCUCUAUGGGCCCGCCCGCAGGCCACCGCCGUAACCAGUCCGCCAUGCCCAACAUGACCAUGGGUCCCCCACCUGCUCCUUCAGCCGGUUCUUCCGGUACAUUCGGGGAGUUCAGCUUCCCUGGCGGUGCAAAGUCGGAAAAUGUCAACCCCAGACCCCGCAACAGCGGUUCAGUCAGUGGUGGCAGUGGUCACAGCAGAAGACACUCGCUCGCUCUGCCCGAAGCAAAGAAGGCUGCCGAGAUUGCCGAGCAGAAGCGCAAGCAGUCAGGCUUCCAGUUCCCUAUCCCUGGUGCCGCUGGUGCCACCCCUGACCGCUCCGUGAGCCCCGGUAAUGCCAACAAUGACAUGCCACCCCCUGCUAACAACUUCUCUGCACGUAACUCCGGUCGCGGUGGACACGGACGUAGUCAGAGUCUGGCCGUUGGCAAUCAGAGAAAUCAGCGUGGUGGCCCUGCUUUCCAGUUCCCGCCCCCUGGUGAGAUUAACAAUGUUCCUGAACGCCGUGGUAGCCAGGGUCAUGGAAGAACUCAAUCACGUAACUUCGAUGGCAACUGGCGUCAGCAGCAGCCGACCAUCCAGGAACAGCAUGCUACCAACAUGGGUAACUUCCAGAUGAACCAACACGCUGGGGCCCAGCCAUUCCAGCCUGGCCACCGUCAACGCGGCUCUGUCAGCAGCCAGUCGAUCAGUUCGAUCAGCAACUUCCAAUUCCCCCAGCAGCCUCAGCUUGUUCAGCUUCCUCAAGGACAGGUUCUCAUGCAGCCGAACAUGUUCGCUACCCAAAACUUGAACGCUCUGCAACUGGCUCAGAUCCAGGCUUACCAGGCCGCCGGACUUCAGCCCCCAAUCGCCGGCCUGCAAGGACAGCAAGGUGGUCAGCAGAUGACCAUGCAGCAACAGCAGCAGCAGCGCAAGACUCUCUUCACCCCCUAUUUGCCUCAGGCUACACUCCCCGCUCUGCUUGGCGAUGGACAGCUCGUCGCAGGUAUCCUCCGUGUCAACAAGAAGAACAGAAGCGACGCCUACGUCACCACUAACGACCUCGACGCUGACAUCUUCAUUUGUGGUAGCAAGGACCGCAACCGUGCCUUGGAAGGCGACCUUGUUGCCGUUGAGCUCCUUGACGUUGACGAGGUCUGGGGCCAGAAGCGCGAGAAGGAAGAGAAGAAGAAGCGCAAGGACAUGACCGAUAGCCGCGGUACGUCCAUGACCGCUGUCAACGAUGCUACCACUCAGCCGGAAUCCUCCGCUGCCGAGGGAGGUAUCCGUAGACGUGGUAGCUUGAAGCAACGCCCCACCCAGAAGAAGAACGACGACGUUGAAGUCGAAGGUCAGAGCUUGCUCCUUAUGGAGGAGGAUGAAAUCAACGACGAGCAGAAGCCCCUCUACGCCGGUCAUAUUGUGGCCGUCAUCGAGCGUGUUGCUGGUCAGAUGUUCUCUGGUACCCUUGGUCUUCUUCGUCCCAGCAGUCAAGCCACCAAGGAGAGACAGGAGGCUGAGCGCCAGGGUCGCGAUGGUGGAAACCAGCGCAACCAACCAGACAGACAGCAGGACAGACCCAAGAUUGUUUGGUUCAAGCCUACCGACAAGCGUGUGCCACUGAUCGCCAUUCCUACCGAGCAGGCACCCAAGGACUUUGUUGAGAAGCACCAGGACUACGCCAACAAGAUUUUCGUCGCAUGCAUCAAGCGCUGGCCCAUCACCUCCCUUCACCCCUUCGGUACUCUUGUCGAGCAGCUGGGUGAUGCCGGUGACCUUAAGGUGGAGACCGAUGCUCUUUUGCGUGACAACAACUUCGGCCCUGACGACUUCUCUGAUGCUGUCCUCAAGAACGUUGGUUACGAGGACUGGUCCGUGGCCAAGGAUGGCGAGGCCGCUCUGGAAUCUCGCCGUGACUUCCGUAACGAGCAGACCUUCACUAUCGAUCCCAACGGAAGCGAGGAGCUCGACGACGCAAUUCACUUCAAGACUCUUAGCGAUGGCCACGUUGAGAUUGGUGUUCACGUUGCUGACAUUUCUCAUUUCGUCAAGCCUUCAUCUAUGGUUGAUCGUGAGGCCAAGAAGCGCGGUAGCGGUGUCUAUCUGAUGAACCGCACCGUCAAGAUGCUUCCUCCCAAAAUCAGCUCCGAGAUAUGCUCUUUGAGUCCUGGUGAGGAGAGAUACACUGUCAGUGUCGUCUUCAAGAUCAACCCUGAUACUGGUCGUGUCCUUGACGAGGACACCUGGAUUGGCAAGGCAAUCAUCAAGAGUACUGGAAAGGUCUCUUACGACCAGGUCGACAGUAUCGUCAACGGACAAGGCAACUCUGGCCUCGAAGGCGAACGUGCCAGUCAGAUCCAGCAGCUUCACAGCAUCUCUCAGAAGUUGCGUCAAGCCAGAUUUGGUGAUGGUACCACCAACAACCAACCUCUCCGCUUGAUCUACCAGCUGGAUGACGAGAACGUGCCCGUCGAGCACAACAUAUUCGACUCUUCCCCUGCUCAUGAGUUGAUCGAGGAAUUGAGCCACAAGACGAACUCCUUCGUUGCUCAGAAGAUUUUCGCUGGCUUGCCUGAGAAGGCCUUGUUGCGUAAGCAGGCUCCACCCAACCCCCGUCGCUUGGUGACUUUGAGCGAGCGCAUGGCCAACAUUGGCGUCGACGUGGACACUUCCAGCAGUGGCGCCCUGCAGAACAGUCUCUUCCAGAUCGAAGAUCCCGAUGUCCGCAAGGGUGUUGAGACUCUUCUGAUCAAGGCCAUGCGUCGUGCGAAGUACUUCAUUCCUUCCAAGUCUCCUGCAGACCAGUACCCCCACUACGCCCUUAACCUGCCCUUGUACACCCACUUCACAAACCCCUCGCGCCGCUACGCUGAUAUCGUUGUUCACCGUCAACUCGAGCACGUCCUUACCAACGGUGCCGUGGAAUUCACCGAGGAUGUUGAAGCUUUGGCAAAGACUGCCGAGACCGCAAACACCAAGAAGGACUCGGCUCACGCUGCACAGGAACAGAGUGUUCACAUCGAGUCUUGCCGCGCACUUGACAGAAAGAGUCAGGAGCUUGGUGGCGACCUCAUCAGCGAGGGUAUCGUUCUUUGUGUCUACGAAUCAGCCUUUGAUGUGUUGAUUCCCGAGUAUGGCUUUGAGAAGCGCGUACACUGCGACCAGCUUCCCCUGAAGAAGGCCGAGUUCGACAAGAACAAGCGCUUGCUUGAGCUCUACUGGGAGAAGGGUGUCCCGUCCUCGGCCUUCGUCCCCGAGGACGAGAAACCCAAGGCUAGCCGGGCUAACAACUGGAACGCCGCCGCAGCUGCCCGCGACUCUGCUGCAACUCGCGCCAAGGAAGAAGAGGCUCAGCGCAAGCAAAUGCAGACCGCAACCAUCUCCACUGACGACGCUGAUGCUCUCUUUGAUGACGAUGAUGACGCUGUCUCCGAGAUCACUGAACAGGCUGCCGGCGUGUCUCUCAACACAGAUCGCAACACUCAGAGUAUGCCACCCUCGCCCACUCGCAACGGCAUCUCUUCUCAACAUGGACCUCAGCGCACAAAGUCUGACUCGAAGAUCCUCCACACCACUCCUGAAGCCAAGCUCAGCAACAAGGAUAAGUACCUGAAGCUGUUUAGCCUUCGCGAGUCGGAUGGCAACUACAUCCAGGACGUCAGAGAGAUGUCGAGGGUGCCGGUCAUCCUUAAGACGGACAUGACCAAGAGUCCUCCAUGCUUGACCAUCAGAUCCCUCAACCCCUACGCGUUGUAA